UUGGCGACACUUACUACUAAUACUUUAGUUUAGUUCUCUUCGUUCGUUUUUCUCCAUACUCACGCUAUGUCUCUGUAAUCUGUCUCUAUCCUUGUCUGUCUUAAGGUAUCUCUAUAUCUAUCCAUUGCACCACCAAAUAUUUGAUUGGCAUACGGGGUCUGAAUAUAAGUUUUAGUGUCACCACGUACGUCGCGACGCGUAACUUUAAAAAGAAACAAACUUUCAAAACUUUAUAAUAACUUUUUUUUGUUGGUUGUAAUCCCUGUAUUUUCUGAAAGUAGCCGUAAGGACUGUAUUAAUAAGAAAUAUGUCCACGCGGGAAGAAAACUAAGUGCGGUGCAGGAAUAGUGAGGAAAAUCAAAGCCCGAUGUCAAAAAAUGCCUCGCUGUCUGAUGGCGAAAAAAUGGAAAAGUUACCCGUGGGCGGACAAGGAGGUAAAGGAGCAACAGGAGGAGGAAGAGGAAAUAAUCGACGUUGUGGGGGAUUCUCAAGGGGCCUGUUGGGGACCGUCGAGCCCCACGGAGGGGGCUACCGCCCCAUCGCCUCCACCUGGUAGUCCUAGUGGUACCACUAUACUUUAUAAUGGUUACAUUCAGGACAUUCAGUCUUCUUCCUUUACUACUUACGUACCUAAAACCGAAUACGCAACACAUAGGCACACAAUAACACCACCUUCUUACGUAACUUUGACCAGUUCCGAAGAACAUGCAAGCCAUCAACCAGAAUUUGUGCCACCAUCUCCCCCGUCAUAUAAGAGGAAAAGUCUCUCGAUGACUUUUACUUCUACGGGGGCUCAACUGAUCUUACCCCCUAAAAAGAAAGAUAUUUACAGACCAUAUUGCUUAGAUGACAAUACAAAAACUGUUGAGGAGGAACAUGACCACCAUAUGCACGCGCCAUUAGCCUUUUUAACUAACCAACCGACUAUAAGGGUGCCAGCGGAAGAAGAUUUACAUGCGGCACAUGCAAUUUUAGACCUAAGUGCAUCUACCACUGUAUUCCUACCACCUCCCACACCCCAGAUCGUUGAGCAACAGGAUCAUAAUGAUAUACAGGAGCAAGAAAAUAUAAGGCCUCCAUCAGAAGGUAUAAACGGCCAAGGAAAAACUGUAGCAUAUACAUAUGAGGCUUUCUUUGUAAGUGAUGGAAGAUCUAAAAAAAGGCAUAACACUGAUGAAGCUCUAGUAGCCAAAGUUAGUAAUGAAAAACCAAAAUAUACUUGUAGCGAGUGCGGAAAGCAGUAUGCGACUAGUAGUAACUUGUCCAGGCAUAAGCAAACACAUAGAAGCUUAGACAGUCAGGCUGCAAAGAAAUGCAUUACUUGUGGUAAGGCUUAUGUAUCUAUGCCGGCAUUAGCUAUGCACGUGUUAACCCAUAAACUGGCCCAUCGCUGUGGGGUGUGCGGUAAGCAGUUUUCAAGACCAUGGUUGCUCCAAGGGCAUUUGAGAUCCCACACUGGUGAAAAGCCUUAUGGAUGUGCGCAUUGUGGGAAGGCAUUUGCUGAUAGAUCAAACCUCCGCGCUCAUAUGCAAACGCACUCCGCCGACAAGAACUUUGAAUGCCCUAGAUGUCACAAAACCUUUGCCCUGAAGUCCUAUCUAAACAAGCAUUUGGAAUCUGCUUGUUUAAAAGAAGAACCUUCAGGACAACUGACAAGUUACCAAGAUGAAAUUUCCGAGGACCCAAGUCAGGAAGAAAUGCAGGAAAUCCUACCAAGUCCUGUACCGGUGAGACUUUACUCUGGUUAAAACAAUAACAAAGUUAUUGGGAAAAGUUGUAGUUCGUGCGUUUGUGAAAGUUUAAAACCGAUUUUGACCGUUACAAUGUAUUAUAACAAAAUAUGUAAAAAGAGAUACCUAUUUUUUGCUAGGAAAUACGCUAUAGGUAGGUAUUUUGGUGUUGUAUUAUUUUCCAUUUUGGUUAGUAUAUAAGAUUUUUUCGUUAGAAUUGGUCAAAGCUGGUUUUAAAAAAGUUUAAUCUAGUCUGAGAUGUUCAUAUUCUAGUCAAAAAGUGUCAUUCUAGUCUUUAAUGCAUGCAAAAUUACUUCUUUUGCAAGCAUUUGUAGUUCUAAGCAUCUUGCUAUAACUUUAACGUAACCUCCAAAACACAUAAUAGGUAAAAAGUACGGAAUUUUACUUAUUAUGUAAAUCUUAUUAUAUUUCGGCUUUCUAGAGGUUCUUAGGGCCACAACGGUUCCUGGUGUCAAAAUAGCGGCCACUUAUAAGAAUUCGUUGAUACAGCCUUUGAUUCUACGUUCUGAUUCUUCAUAGUAACCUUGUAUAUAGUCCCUCCUAAAAAGAGUAUUAAAACAUCGCCAAACGUCCACUAUUAUUAGGUAUAUUUAGUCAAAAAUACACGCUAUUCUUUUUAGGGUACAUUUUUUUUGAGUAAUGGCCUCUUUGGACCUUUAUUCAAAAAGUAUAUUGAUAAUUAACUAAUAGGGAUAGGUAUAAUAGAAAAUGGUUUUGAAAGCAAAUUAAUAUUUACGUUCUUAGUACCAGAUACUAUCUAAGUAAAUAAGUAAAGUUUACUAAUAUAAAAUAUUCUACUUAAUCCAAAAAGGUAAUAUAUUAAUAUAACCUGAGCAUAACUUAAUGAAGACUUAUCCCUUAAAAUACAAACAAUUCUUGUCGAA